AUGACCCCACACAACCGGUCUACGGAGUUUUCUUUCCAGGGUACAUCAAACAUGACUCUGAACUCCAGUGAAAUACCAGAAGACUGGGAUGAGGGGACAUUGCUAGGCCUAAAAGUAUCACUUGCUGUGAUUUUGGCCAUAAUCACUUUGUCGACAAUGCUUUCCAAUAUGUUUGUCAUCAUCACGAUUAUCCUUACAAGAAAACUCCACACCCCUGCCAAUUAUCUCAUCGGCUCUUUGGCUGCCACGGACCUCCUCGUGUCGAUCCUCGUCAUGCCAAUCAGCAUCGCUUACACCGUCAGCCAUAUAUGGACAUUUGGGCAGAUUAUGUGUGACAUCUGGUUGUCCUCAGACAUCACCUGCUGCACUGCCUCCAUUCUGCAUCUUUGUGUGAUUGCUUUGGACAGGUACUGGGCCAUCACAGAUGCUCUCGAAUACACCAAACGCCGGACUGCAGGCAGGGCUGCCUUUAUGAUUGCCAUUGUUUGGAUUAUUUCCAUUUGUAUUUCAAUGCCACCACUUUUCUGGAGGCAAGCCAAAGCCCAUGAAGAAGAGGCAUUCUGUGCUGUGAACACUGAUCAGAUUUCCUACACAAUCUAUUCCACUUGCGGCGCCUUCUAUAUCCCAACGGUGUUGCUCAUGAUACUGUAUGGUAGGAUUUAUGUAGCCGCUCGAUCCCGAAUCCUUAAACCGCCUUCUCUGUACGGGAAGCGCUUCACCACCGCCCACCUCAUCACCGGCUCGGCUGGAUCAUCUCUCUGUUCCAUUAGCUCGAAUCUUCAUGAGGGACAUUCCCAUUCAGGGGGCUCCCCAGUGCUCAUCAACCACGUGAAAAUCAAAGUUGCUGACAGUGUCCUAGAAAGGAAACGGAUUUCGGCUGCCAGGGAAAGGAAAGCCACCAAAACUCUGGGGAUUAUUUUAGGUGCCUUUAUUGUCUGCUGGCUGCCAUUCUUCGUGGUGACUUUGGUCCUACCAAUCUGUCAGGAUGCCUGCUGGUCUCACCGCAUCCUUCUUGACUUUUUCACCUGGUUAGGCUACCUGAACUCCCUAAUCAAUCCUAUUAUAUACACCGCUUUUAAUGAUGAAUUCAAACAGGCUUUCCAGAAAAUGAUACAAUUCAAAAAAUGCUCCUAG